UAAGUACGAAAGUAAAUAUUCUAAAGUUUCAUAUUUAUUUUGAUGGCGGUUUGUUUUGACUUUUCAUUUCCACAUUUUGAACGUCUUUUUUUCUCCCUCUCUCUCAUAUAAUCUUCCUUUCUUUGUAACUCACAAUACACUUUAGAUUGACAAUGAAUAUUUCUAAUCAACUGAACACACAGCAAAAUAAAACUUCAGUAGAACCCGAAAAUAAAAUCGUCCCAAAUCACAUCAUGGUUAAUUCACGUUGGUGCAACUCAGAAUUGGUGACCAAAAUUCAGGCCACUGUUCGUGUCUUGUUCUUCGACGACAAACCCGACAUCGAUUUUCGUCCUUCCAAUAAUGUGUGCGUGGUUUACGUCUCGGAGGCAGAGUUGGUGUCUCAGGCUACAGCCUAUAAGAAGAAGAUGGUAAGACUAAGAAAAGCUGACGCCUUCAAAAUAAUCGUCGUCGCCGAAAAGACACCCAUGACAACACAGUAUUACGCUAACAUCCAGAAUUUUUGCGUGUUUGAACUAGGAUUAGUCUUGCUACCUGUUUCCUCGCAAGCUGACGCCGCCGGGAUUAUCACACAACUCUUUUAUACAGGCACGCAACCAGAGAAGAAUCCCUUCAAGCGAAAACGGAAUUCUUCUGAAGAAGAUCAAAGUUCAAGUUCACUAUUGGCAACGCUGCAAUGUAUACCAGGCCUAGGUGUUACCAAUGCAAAGUUAUUGUUGGUAAAUUUCGGCUCUAUCAAAGCCAUAAUUGAAGCCUCUUUCGAGAGUCUGAGCAACGUAGUUGGCAAAAGUAUAGCCGCACGUAUAAUAGAUUUUCUCAGUUGAAUCUCAAGUUUGACAGCAUAGUUGCCUAUGAAUCAACAUUUAAAAGACAUUCUUGUUAUACUUAUUGAAGAAGGCCAGAAGCAAUAACGUACGGUUUACUAUAUCUAUUGCUGGAAAAUAAGACUCUAUACUGUACAACUGAAGGUGGACAAACUUGAAGGAAGACAGGCCUCCAGCUCUGUUAAAUAUGUUAUAUUUAUGGCAGAUGGAAUCAAUACUGUAUAGUCUGAAUACAGAUUAAUUCAACACUCAUAUAGUUUGUUGAAUCCAACACUACAGAUAGAGAGGGGACUUGCCCAACACUGUAUAGUCCGAAGGGCAACAUACACAACAUAUCUGAAGAAAGACUUAUUCAACACAAUAUGGAUAGAAGAACAAAUACGGAUUGAAGGAGGAUAUGUUCAAUAUUUUAUAGACUGAAACUGAAGAAGGACAGAUCAAACAUUGUACAAUUUUAUCAAACUCAGUGCACUAUUCAACAGUGAAUUCUCUCAACACCAUACAAUAUGGAAGACAGACAAAACACUUUACAGUCUGAAGAAGAGUUUGACAGACAGAUAACAGACCAAAAAUUGUACAGUUUGAAGGACAGACACUGGUGUGCAAGUCUGGAAGACAGAUCAAACAGUGUACAAUCUGAAAGAUAGUCAAGUGUUGUAUAGACACAGCACUAAACAGUCAGAAGGAUAAACCAAACACUACAGUUUGUUCAAAUUAUUAAAUGGGGAACAGACUCAACUUUGUACAAUUUGUUAAAAUUGUUUGGAAAACUCCCACCCACUUGCACUCCUAGUUUCCUCUGUUCCCACUCACUUUUCACCUCAUACCUUUGAGGUGCAAUCUGGAUAUCUCAUCACAACUACUACUGCUCAUUAAUUCACUGUUAAAUAUAAGUAGCCAUGUGACUUGUCUACGAGGACCUGCUCUGCCCCCAUCUUCUUCUCUUAUACCUUAACUUUCCUUUCCAAGCAUAAAGCACCCCUCUCUGCCUUGGGUUUUUUUAGUCUUACAAGCUGUAUAGCAGCCUCACUGGUGCUGGUAGCACAAGAAAAGCACACUACAUGUAAAGUGGUUGGAAUUAGGAAGGGCAUCCAGCCAUAGAAACCAUAACAAAGACACUAGAACACAAUACAGUCCUUGGACACAUCAGAUCUUGUUAAACCAUCCAAUCCAUGCCAGCAUAAAACAUUAAUGUUAAAUGAGGAUGAUAAUUACACACACACACAUUUCCAUAUAUACUUGACAAACAGGCAAGGGGAGGAUCUGACCAUAAAAUCCUGCCUCAGUUGAAUAACUCCUUGUCUAACCCAUGCUAGCAUGGAAAAGUGGACAUUAAACAGAAACACAUUCACUGUUUUAAAAAUAGUACUUAAAAGAAUUACUUUAAACAACAAUACAAUUUCACGAGGAAAGUUAUUAGAGUGACCUCACUUAUAUGAAGUUUAAGACGUUUGGAAUAUUCCCGUGAGAGCCAGAAAUGAAAUGACAAACAUGAACUUAAAGCAACUGUUUUUGCAUGUAUGGCUUGCAAAGUUUUUAUUUUAAAAAAAAACAAAAAACAGGAGAUAUGUGUUUCUUCAGAACUUUCACUUCAUAUUUCAAAAAUAUAUUCAAGCAAUAAAUGUUUCAAAGAAAAAGCAGGCUAAGAUUACCAGCUAAAUGAUUGAAACAUGUAACUCAGAAUACUGGUAUUAGGAGCUUUUCAGUUAUAAUGUAUUAAAGAAUACUCUACACCUA